AUGAGCCUUAUCCUACAGUGGAAGUUUAACAUAAGCCUUAUCCUACAGUGGAAGUUUAACAUGAGCCUUAUCCUACAGUGUAAGUUUAACAUAAGCCUUAUCCUACAGUGGAAGUUUAACAUGAGCCUUAUCCUACAAUGGAGGUUUAACAUGAGCUUUAUCCUACAGUGGAAGUUUAACAUGAGCCUUAUCUUACAGUGUAAGUUUAACAUGAGCCUUAUCUUACAGUGUAAGUUUAACAUGAGCUUUAUCCUACGGUGUAAGUUUAACAUGAGCCUUAUCCUACGGUUUAAGUUUAACAUGAGCUUUAUCCUACAGUGGAAGUUUAACAUGAGCCUUAUCCUACAGUGGAAGUUUAACAUGAGCCUUAUCCUACAGUGGAAGUUUAACAUGAGCCUUAUCUUACAGUGGAAGUUUAACAUGAGCCUUAUCCUACAGUGGAAGUUUAACAUGAGCCUUAUCCUACAGUGGAAGUUUAACAUGAGCCUUAUCCUACAGUGGAAGUUUAACAUGAGCCUUAUCUUACAGUGUAAGUUUAACAUGAGCCUUAUCUUACAGUGUAAGUUUAACAUGAGCUUUAUCCUACGGUGUAAGUUUAACAUGAGCCUUAUCCUACGGUUUAAGUUUAACAUGAGCCUUAUCCUACAGUGUAAGUUUAACAUGAGCCUUAUCCUACAGUGGAAGUUUAACAUGAGCCUUAUCCUACAGUGGAAGUUUAACAUGAGCCUUAUCUUACAGUGGAAGUUUAACAUGAGCCUUAUCCUACAGUGGAAGUUUAACAUGAGCCUUAUCCUACAGUGGAAGUUUAACAUGAGCCUUAUCCUACAGUGGAAGUUAACAUGA